UGCAAGUUGCUUCGCGAACAUAAAACACAAACUGAUAAACUCUUUAAAAAGUGAAAUUUGUUGGCGAAGUGAAAAUUUACCAAAACUAAAUUUGAUAUAAAAAUUGAUAGCUGCAUCCAACGCGCCAAAAUGCCUUCAACUGCAUAUCCCCGUCUCAUCUUCUAUAUAUUCUGCGUCGCCUCGCUGCUCGCCGUUGUACGCUCCGAUCCCACUGGCUCCCGAAAACAGCGUCGCUAUGAAGACACCAACGAAGACAUCGCCUACGAAGCCGCCAAGCAAUUGGGACAACUAAAUUACCGCCUUAAUCAGUUGGCUUUCGAAGAGCAAUCACGCCAAAUAUCUCUACCAAAUAUGACCAUCAACGAUUUGGUGAGUCGCAUACCCUGUACCUGUGACGAGGGUAUAUGCAAGUGCUGUGCGGGCUUCCUAUCCGUGAUCGGCUUGAAUAGCUGCACCGAGGUGGUCUAUAAACCCGAGGAAUUCUCUUUCGAACUGCGCAUGCGUGUCAACAAUAAUGUGUGGUUCAAACGGAAAGUGUCAGGCCAAAAUCCGCCACCUUUCUGUUUCCGUCCACCGCGUUUCAACUUCGCGCGGGCUUGCAUACAAUUCCAUGAUAUUUGGUUUGUGGGUCGAAAUAUGCAUGUUUGCAUGCUUUUGUCGGGCUCGUUUCAAGGAUAUGAAUUGUUUGAGCGCAACUUCGAUUGCUUGCUCUUCGGCGAUAAGGGCGUGAAAAUUGUGAAGCCAGAGCAAGGCUAUCCGGUGCGCCCCACAGAUGUGGACAUUGAUGAUAGCGACGAUGAAAUAGAGGAGUAUGAUGAAAAUGUUGUGCGCAGAAGACGACGCAGACGCCUGAGCAAAGUAAUGCGUUCCAAGCGUCAGGCUUAAUUCAUUUGCCAUCCUCCUUGACUGAUAAACUAAUCUAUAAUUACUUAUCUUUAAUUAAUUUAUAUUUUUAUAUUUCAAAUCACAGCAAAGCUCAUAGGAAAUAAUUUAUGUGUGGGAAUUUGUUCUGCGAAAAUUAAUUAACAUCAUCCAUCAUCGUAAAAGAUCAUUCUUGUAAGAUUACCUAAUUUUCGAUAAUAAAACUGGCAAUGCGGAUCCCUCUGUUUGUCGCUAUACACAAUA